UAGACCUCCAUUACAAAAAUUCAGUUUUUUCUUGAGUUUAUCAACACAGAAAAGAAAUGGAAUGUUGAAAUAAAUAUAUUUCAUUCGCAAAUUAUUGUAAUCAAUUGAAUGUCAUCCAAUAUUUUAGUUUAAAAUGAAGUAGUUUCUCCAGUCAUACAAUGUAAUAAUGGCGAAUAAGGACUCAAAAGUCAAGCGACCAUUCAAGGUAUGGGACAGUUGGAGGAACGUACGAAAAGGUCUAGUAGUAGGAAACUAUGAAGAACUCAUUUUGAAAGGAAAGGAAAAGCUGGGAUUGACUUCAAAUGAAAAAGUAUCGUUGGUCCUGGAAUCUGAUGGAACGCAAGUAGAUGAUUGUGAUUACUUCAAAACUUUGUCAAAUAACACCGUUUUGCUUCUAUUGCGAAAUGGGGAAAGGUGGAGCCCAACAGGAGUUGACGUCAUACGUGCUGCUAUUUCAGCUAUUCCAAAAAUCGUCUGCGAAACAAUUUACGCAUUGGAAUUACACGAUGAAACACCAUCUUGGAAAAUCAUGGAUAAUAAAGGUCGAGUCACUGUCGUAUUACAUUGGGACCAAAGACUUACCACAUCAACGCAAUCAACAACGAAAACAAAUGAUUGCAGUCAACUUUCCAAAUACGCUUCAUCAGCAAAGACUGAUUACAGUACAAGUUAUCGGCCUUCGUUGAUGCUGCAAACAAGCUUAGACAAAUUUAAUUACAAUAACAAAUCACCAACUUGUUCAGAUAUUAUAGGAUCUGGAUCUCAUAGAAGCAGUCCUCAAAUUACUGUUAUAAAUCACGAUGAUAUUAUUCAUCGAAAUUGUAUGAGCUCGAGUGAAAGUUCCUAUGUUCCAAGCCAUCAACAUGGACAACUUAUUAGACAAGGAACAAGUUCAAUCGACAGUGCAACCAUUCACAUUCAUAAUGCCGAAUGUUCCAACCAUAUUCAUCAACCUAUUGUACGAGUAGGCAGCCCGACAAAUAAUGCCAAUAGCAUCGAAUGUGAUUUUCAUUGCUGUGCUCUUCACGAAGAAGGACGUCGCAUUGCAGUACAUAAAUCAGUUGCAACUUCGCCUAUUCAAGAUCCUCAAAUUCAAAACCCUCAUCACUUUAUUCCGACGACUUCUCCUCAGCCAAUGAGCUCAUUAUCUGACGGAACUCGCAGGCAAGGAAUGAUGAAAGCUCAUGUAAGAUUUCGCGAUACAUUAUCUGAUGAAGAAUUACAUCCGAACGUAUAUUCAAUGAAUCAAAAACAUAACAAAGUCGUAGAUCAACCAGAAAGCUCAGAAUCAGAAACCGAUAAUACCAUAAUGGAAGAUGAAAUUGUUACAUCAGAGAAAUUUUUAUUGCUAAUCGAUCAAUUAACUGUUGAUCAAAAGCAUCACUUGACAAUCAAAGAUAUAGGUAUUAUUCUUGAACGUCUCAGUUCAAAAAUUUUAGACGUUGAAAAACUUGAAAGAGAAAGUGAAAGUGAAGAUUGUUACAAUUGGACAAUUAAAGCAGUUAUAAGAGGUGAAAUACUCCGAGAACUCGGCGUAAUUUAUAAUGGAAACUAUUAUGCCAUUUCAGAACACCCUGGAUAUAAAGAAGAAUCAGAAGAAAAUAUUGAAGAUAAUGAAAAUGAUGAAGAAGAAGAAGAAGAAAACCGAAUUUAAAUGAAAUGGCUAGUUCCAAUUGUUACAGAUUUUACAAAUAUUCAAAUUAUUCGUUUUGAUUAACGAUACAUUACUCAGAAAGAUCGUAUAAAAAAAAGCAAUUAUCAUUUUUAUUCAUAUAAUAAUUUAAAUUAAAUAACAAUCGUAUAUUUUAAUUUUGUACAAUCAAAAAACGAACUGAAAAGGAUACCAAGGCCAAAGUAAAAAUUAAAAUUUUCAUAACUUUUCUGAUUUGAGACUUGUACUAAAUACUCUUCCAAGAGUCUCCAAACCAGUAACAAAGCAUAAAUGGACUUUAUGGAUCACAAACGUACUUUACAAGGACGCUCAUGGCACGCAGGCCAUGAAGCACACUAUUUCAGCAAGAGUAUAUGGAUUACUUAUUCUAGAUCAUUAUAGAUACAGUAUAGAUAUAACAGAACAAUCACAAAAUUCAAAGACUUGUUACUUCAACCUCGUAGCGUUGGAAAAAAAUAGUACCACGAAUCUAUGAUGAUCUAUGAGCUACUAUUGUCGAUUAUAAGCGGCAAUGUAUACUUCUUGCCUGAAUAUAAUGACGAAUAAAUUAAAAAGCAUGCCAUAAAUACUAAGGGUAAAUAUAUCUUCACCAGAAAUGCUGCCACAUCCAUGGUUAAUCUACUUUUGCCAAAAAUAUACCAUAGUAUAAAAGAAUCGGAAAUGAUAAUUGAUAUAUUCAAGCGUAGUAAAUGUACUUUUGCUAUGAGUAUAAUGAAAAAAUAAAAGUCUUUAUGCAGCCACGUGAAAAAGUAUUCUGAAAAAAUAUUAGAAACAAGCUUGAAAAUUUCUACUUUUACCUUGGUUUCAUAAUUGUUAUAAAAACAAAAAAAAGAAACCCAA